CGUCCGGCUUCAAGCGUCUCUGUUUGUAUCUGACCACCACCAGACUCUCUAACGUUACCUCUCUAAAGUUUUUUCUUUCUGUUUGAGAUAAUCGCUGUUUUAAGCGGUGGAUAUUGACAUGGAAGACAGUGAAAAGAAAGCCCCAUCAGUAAUCGAGCGAUAUUUCACACGCUGGUAUAGAACAGAUCUGAAGGGAAAAGUAUGUGAGGAUCACUGCAUUCUACAGCACUCCAACAGAAUAUGCGUCAUCACACUUGCAGAGUCUCAUCCUAUCCUUCAGAAUGGACGAAAAAUUAAAAACAUAAACUACCAGAUCAGUGAUGGAUGCAGCCGUCUGAAGAACAAGGUGUCUGGAAAGUCAAAACGAGGUGGUCAGUUCCUGACAGAGUUUGCACCACUGUGUAGAAUAACGUGUACAGAUGAACAGGAAUACACCAUAUACAGCUGUAUCAGAGGACGUCUCCUAGAAGUAAAUGAAGCCAUUAUGAACAAGCCGGAUCUGUUAUUGGAAAGGCCUUCCACAGAAGGAUACAUUGCGGUUAUAUUACCUAAAUUUGAAGAGAGUAAGAGCAUCACAGAGGGCCUUCUGACCAGAGAACAAUAUGAGGAGGUUGUUGUGAAAAGAAACCAACAAGAAGAGCCUUGCUGAGAUCAACUUGCACUUUGAAACUGCUGAGUCUCCUUUGAGGAAUAAUUGCUUCAAGCAGGUGAGAACGUCUAUGGCAUCAUGGCUUUGUGCCACUUAAAUUUCAAAAAGACAUCUUGAGAAAAUGACGACUUGGAAGGAAUGAAGACCUGUCUGCUGGAUCCAGAACAGUCUUGGAUUUCACUGGGUUGCAUUUUGUUG